GUGAAAUAACAAGAAGAUAAGCGGGAAGAUUGGAGGGACAGGUUGGGAAAGAACAAUUAAGAAGACAAGUGGAGAAAAAGAGUUGCAAUAUAUACUAUUUUCCCUGCUUUUGUGUGAAGAUUUUUUUCCCCCCCUGUCAAAUCUUCUGAUUAAAAGGACGUGACACCAUGACAACAGAAAUGCAGGAGAUCGCCAUCACAGAGGACAAGCCUUUACUCACGGGUCAGGCUGAUUCCACCAAGGAUGCCGAACUGGCUGCCAGGAUACUCCUGGACCAAGGACAGGAGCACAGUAUUGAGACCCCUCAUGGUGUUCUGCAUGUGACCCUCCAUGGCACACGAACCACCCGCAGGCCUGCUAUCCUCACCUUCCACGAUGUUGGUCUGGAAAGUAAGAGCUGCUUCUCCACUUUGUUUAAGUUCGAGGAGAUGCAGGAGAUUGUCAAGAAUUUCACCCUGAUUCAUAUUGAUGCUCCGGGACAAGAGGAGGGGGCUGCUGCCUACCCUACAGGUUACCAGUAUCCCUCCAUGGAGACCAUUGCAGAGAUGAUCCCGGCCGUCCUGCAGUUUUUCAACUUCCGGACUGUGAUUGGAGUGGGUGUGGGAGCGGGCGCAUACAUCCUCUCCAAGUUUGCACUUGCAAACCCAGAUUCGGUGGAAGGUCUGGUUCUGGUCAACAUCGACACUAACGCCCGAGGAUGGAUAGACUGGGCUGCUCAGAAGCUCAGCUCAGUGACAUCCUCCCUCACAGAGCAGAUCCUGUGCCACCUCUUCAGUCAGGAGGAGCUGUCAUCAAACACAGAACUUUUGCAGUCUCACAGAGACCGUAUCGGCAAAGCUUCUAAUCUGGUCAACAUAGAGCUCCUUUGGAAGACUUACAACAGUCGCAGAGACUUGAACAUCGACCGCAACAGCACCUUCAAAUGUCCAGUAAUGUUGGUGGUGGGUGAUCAGGCUCCAUAUGAGGAAGCUGCCGUGGAGUGCAACAGCAAAAUGGAUCCGACAACAACCUCAUUCUUAAAGAUGGCUGAUGCUGGAGGUCUCCCCCAGCUGACUCAGCCUGCCAAACUGACUGAGGCUUUCAAGUAUUUUAUCCAAGGCAUGGGCUACAUGGCUUCGUCUUGCAUGACCCGCCUGUCCCGUUCCCGCACCACCUCCCUCUCCUCCUCUUACUCCAUGGAUGGGUCACGCUCUCGCUCCCGCACCCUGUCCCAGGGCUCGCAGGGCGGCCAGAUGCCACCCAGUCCCUCCCAAACUAUGGAAGUGUCUUGCUGAAGAAAAAGAGAGAAAGAGAGUGAGCGAUAGUGAGAAAGAGAAGAGGGCGAAAGGGAAAGAAAGGGAUGAAGCAUGUCAAUAAUGCAGGAACAAGACGAAUGGGUUACUUAUUUGUCACUAAACAACUCCCAUCAUUCCCCAUAAGAGCAGAAUAGAAAUAGCGACAGAUGAAAAGAGGGAGACAGGGAGAAAAUAAAGGCCUAUCUCUCAUAUUUUCUCAUAUUUUAAGUCCAAAUCAUCUCCUCACGUCCCCCUUCUAGCUGGACAUUAAGUGGAUAUGGCUGUUACAGCAAAUUAAAGAAGGAUAAGCUUUAGAAGGCAAGAAGAGAUUAAUAAAAAAAAAAAGGAGGGGGGAGGUGGGGGAGAAUGGCAUCUAGUCCCCUCUCUCUUUCCUUCUAGUGGAGAGCGUCUGUCAGCCAGUAGAGCCCUUUAAUUUAGAUAAGGGGUGUGGUCUAUAGAGACUGCACGCCUUACGAUAACCAAUAGUAAUAAUUCUGAAAAUGGUAUUGUUGUUGAUGCUGAUGACUAUGUUGUUGACAAUUUAUGAUGAUGAUGAUGAUGAUGAUGAUGAUGAUGAUGAUGAUGACGAUGAUGACGAUGAUGAUAAUGUAAUAGAAAACAGUAACACUUUUCUCUUUAUUACACAAUGGGUUUAAAACAUAGAUUAAAAAAAACAUUCAAUAGCAGAGAUACUUAUAAUAAUGUGUGUCUACUACUUUUUAAGCUAGUUUUUAGUGUAAUUUUUAUUUCUUUAAUCAAUUUUAUUUUCAUAUUUGUAACCUGCCUCAGCAAGGGGCAGAAGCUACUGAUUGGUUGAUCCAUCACAUGGUUAAAUCCAAUGAGAGCCAUUAUAGUGACUACUUCCUCCUUGAUGUUGCCAGGUUGUUUAUGUCUUCCAUUUGCCCCAUCUGUAAGUAACUGUUUUUGUUUUCCCAAUUGAUUUGAGGAGUUCGGCAGGAAGCUUUUUUCUUUUUUUUGUCAUUAUUGUUGUUUUUUUUGGAAGUUGCAUGCCUGGUAUCAGCCGAUGUGAAUAUUGACUGGAUUAUAUUUUUUUCUUUUAUAUUCAACUAUUGAGUUGUGUGGAUUAAGAUGUGCGUGCGUGUGUGUUCAGUUGCUUGGAGUGUUUGGCAGGUAAGCAUAGGUGAGACUUAGGGUUUUUGCGGGCUUUAGCUAGCUAGCACCCUACAGAUAGCACUAGUCGCACACCAAACAGUGCUUCCAAUAUUGCUGGCAGUUUUACACACUGUGUGCCCCAGUAUCCACACUUUUGUACUACUCGCAGGUAAUGUUGCAUCACCAAGUAGCAUGCUAGUAUGGAUAUUGCAUUUCAGUGUUAGGCUUGGCCAGAAGGGAUCACUGUGUUUAUCAUCUGGGUUGUAAUCUCUAAAAAGCCUUGCCCGUGCACGGAUACCUCCUUACAAACCCAGCGAGCAUACUUGAGUUAAUGUGUGAUGUGAGGUUAAGUGCUCCUCUCCAGUAACAAGUGGCUUUAUACAAGCAGAGGGGUCAAGAGAACUGUGUAUGCAUGUGAUUGUUGCAAUGUUUGUGUUUGUCAGAGGAAGUAAAUGUGAGGCGUAUGGAAGCACUUAUAUUCUGUAAGCACAAUUAACACAGCAAAAACCGGGAAAGGCCCGGGUCCUUUAAGAAAAGUUUGGUUAUUAGGUUUGAGACCAAUAAAAACCCUUGUGACUUAUCAAUGACAAUGAACCAGCCCCUUCACUGCCACCACACUCAGAGAAAAAGAGGUUCUCAAGUCAUAAGAAGCUUGAGCGUUAACCUUUUUUUGUUUUGAGAGUGAAAAAUCAGCCAAUAUCUGCACCUUGAACCAAUUUUGCAGCCAAUAAGCAUUUCUUACUGCCAAAACUACAGUAAAAGCCCUAAAAUUCUAGGGCUAAAUACAAGUACAAAGGCUAAAUUUGCACCAUUUAAAUACCCUUUUAAAUAGUUGAUAACAACAGCAAUUCAACAAGAAGCUUACCACUGCCAUAUUAUGUGCAGCCAUUGAACUGACCGUACACUUAAAUGACCCAUUUAUGGACCCAUCCCAAUAUCCUUGGAGCGCAUGUGCAUUUUUAAGCGUGUUGAUACAGUGUUGAAUCCGAUUUUUUUUCUUUAAUAAGCAGUAUCAUUUUUUUCAGUCAGUUGGAGGUUGCCUGUUUCUUUCUAGUGCUCCUUUAACCUGUUUGAUGAUGUACAGAUGGAGCGAAGAUUUUGAUGACAGUAACAGGAAAGUCAGUGGAGGGCCUCAGGCUUGAGGUUGAAAUAGACUUGUACUUAAGAGAUGAUGAUGGCGAUGACGGUGGUAAUAAUGACAAUAAUCUUUUUUACGUCCCUUCUACUGGCCCAUUACAUAGUGAAAUGCACAACCAGCCAUUGAAGCAUAGAUUGUUGCGUUUGAUGCGACAAAUGCAAAUCCUGAUGUUUUUGUGCUAUGAGGGACAAAUCGAAAAAUGUGAAGUCAAACUGGGAUGCCGCCAUGUUGUUGGCAUUGUGUUGCUGUUCUGAGGGCUGAAGUGUAGAAUGUAAAGCCUCUGCUGAGACUGAAAUUAAAACUCAGACAUGGGAACCAAAUUAGGGAUUAAGUGUGGAGCUUGGAAAAAUAAUUGCCAAAUAAGGAAAAGGAGUGGUACUUCUUAGUGAAGAGUUGAGCAGGGCAGUGUGAUUGUAAAUGCUUGUCCGUUUUAUUUUAUGUUUCUUAAUUUUUACUUUGAUCAUGUUUUCUUUCCCCUCUAUGUUUUGGAAUUUGAUUAUAUUUUGUUUUAACUAUGUGAAGUGUUAGUUUACCGUCCCGAUGUGCUCACAAGUUAGUUAAUCGUGUGAUAGUUCAUGUGUAACUUUUUUAGCAUUAGCGCUGAAAAGGGAGAAUAAUAUAAUUAACAAUAAAAAAAAAAGAUUAAAGGUAAAGAAAAUACAAUCAAAUUUACUGUGGCUAAUUUCUCUGUGUAACACAAUGAACAUCCUAAAAGAAGCAAACUUAAACAUUAAUAAAAGCUUAAGAAGAACA